AGUCUAUCGGACAUCACCCCCACGCGCUGGUAAAUGAAAUUCCUGAAAUCUCCAGUGAGAUUCAUCAGUUUUUAAUCUCUUCAAUUCGGGCAUUUCAUACACAGAAACAGUCUCAUAUUGAUUUAACGUUUUUUCUCUUCUUCAAAUCUGAUCUCUUGAAUCAGUGCACACAUUUAUAGAUACAGAUUAUAAUUAUACGCACAUAUAUGGCUUCGGAGUUGAUAUUCAGAGGGCACGAGUCACCGACGGUGACGGAGGCGUACUCACCGAAGCCGCCAAAGCCAUGGUUGAGUGUGAUUCGUCCGGUUCGGUACAUGCUCCGUGAGCAGCGACUCGUAUUUGUUUUCGUUGGUAUUGCUAUCGCCACCCUCGUCUUCACCCUCCUCCCCUCCUCCCAUACCCCAGCUUCCGUCUCCAACUCGGUUUUCUCCUCCGAGUUGACUCAGCCUCAAAGGCUCAUCAGCCAUCCCACCGGGUUCGGAAUCGGGUCGUCCUUCAAUUCAGGCGGAAAAAUACCUCUAGGCCUGAAAAGGAAGGGUUUGAGAAUCGUGGUGACCGGUGGGGCAGGGUUUGUUGGAAGCCAUUUGGUUGACCGUCUAAUUAGCAGAGGCGACAGCGUGAUCGUGGUUGAUAAUUUCUUCACCGGAAGGAAAGAGAACGUCAUGCAUCAUUUUGGAAACCCUAGGUUCGAACUCAUUCGACACGACGUCGUUGAGCCACUUCUAUUGGAGGUCGAUCAGAUCUAUCACCUCGCUUGCCCUGCCUCUCCUGUUCAUUACAAGCACAACCCUGUCAAGACUAUUAAGACAAAUGUAGUAGGGACAUUGAACAUGCUGGGUUUGGCAAAGAGAGUGGGUGCGCGGUUUUUGCUAACGAGCACCAGUGAAGUGUACGGCGAUCCACUGCAACAUCCACAAGUCGAAACUUACUGGGGCAACGUCAAUCCAAUCGGUGUUCGAAGCUGCUACGAUGAGGGGAAACGUACCGCUGAAACGUUGACAAUGGAUUAUCACAGAGGUGCUGGCGUCGAGGUGAGAAUUGCUAGGAUCUUUAACACCUAUGGACCUCGGAUGUGCAUUGAUGAUGGUCGUGUUGUUAGUAACUUUGUGGCUCAGGCUUUGAGAAAGGAACCACUGACAGUUUAUGGUGAUGGGAAGCAGACAAGAAGUUUUCAAUAUGUUUCUGAUUUGGUUGAGGGCCUGAUGCGGUUGAUGGAAGGAGAACAUGUAGGACCUUUCAAUCUUGGAAACCCUGGUGAAUUCACUAUGCUUGAACUUGCACAGGUGGUUCAGGAAACCAUUGAUGCAGAUGCUAAGAUAGAAUUCAGGCCCAACACAGAGGAUGAUCCUCACAAGAGGAAGCCGGACAUCUCAAAGGCCAAGGAGUUUCUCGGUUGGGAACCCAAAGUACCUCUACGGAAGGGUCUUCCGAUGAUGGUUUCCGACUUCCGGCAACGAAUCUUUGGUGAUCACGAGGAAAAUGCUGCCUCGGCAUAAUUAAGUUUUAAUAUCUUUGUUUCCUAUGAAGAUUCUUGAAUCCCAGCAUUCCAACAAGGACGCAGGUGCAGUGCAGAAUCAUAUGAGCAACACCUUACAUUCUCGUGCAGGUUUUUGAGAUUCUUUUAGUAAUUUGUCUGAGUUUAUUCUAAGUGCCGUUGGCCCUAUAAUCUUUUGGUAGUCUUAAAUAACUUUUCACAAAUUCUCGAUGGAUUAGCGUCUACUAUGCUGGUGACCUGUAAUAGGCACCCAGCAAUGGAAAUGAAUUCAUUCUAUAGACAUUGGCUUA